UGUCCAUUGCCUGGCCAAGAUGGCGCCGCAAAAGGACAAGAAACUGAAAAAAUCAACUUGCAAGUAUAGCCUUGACCUCACCCAUCCUGUGGAAGAUGGAAUAUUUGAUUCAGGAAAUUUUGAACAGUUCCUGAAGGAAAAAGUUAAGGUCAAUGGAAAAACUGGAAACUUGGGAAAUGUAGUUCAUAUUGAACGCUUUAAGAACAAAAUCACAGUGACAUCUGAAAGGCAGUUCUCAAAGAGGUACCUUAAGUAUCUCACAAAGAAGUAUCUCAAGAAGAACAAUCUCCGUGACUGGCUGCGUGUGGUUGCGUCUGACAAGGAGACCUACGAGCUGCGUUAUUUCCAGAUCAGCCAUGAUGACGAAGGGUCUGAAGCCGAGGAGUAGAAUAAGCUUUUAUGUGGAGCAUUGUCUUCCCUGGUGCACAGCGUGUACACAUGAAUCAUCUGUUUAUGAGAAUGAAAUCAUUUAUUACUAAAGAAAAAUUGUACACUGACUUUACUUAUAGAUUGCUGUGGGCAGCUGGGAUUUGUUGCGUUUCAAAAGUUUCAUUAAAAGAUAAAUUAUAAUCUCUCGUGGA